UGGAUUUAAUCGUUGUUGUUGCAGGAAGUAAUUGUUGCCGACAGAGGUAUUUCUUCUGCAUAUCAUGUUCCAUUAUUUUGCAGUCAUAUAAAAGGAUGUUGUCUUGUCUUUGCGUAUCUUCUGACACUGUGUAUAACCCCUUUGCGUGUAUUCAUUCCUUGAUAUGACGUCGAAUGAAUGGUGUAAUUGCGAUUGAUUAAUUCUCGAAAAGCUCAAAAUGUCACAGUAUGAUUGGGCAUUUUAUUUGACGGCACCAUAUUUGGUAGUCUGGAUUAUAUCCUCAUCUAUGAACGCCACUGCGUUUGUUGUGUUCUUGAGGAAUAAGUUGCUGCACUCAGCGACCAACCUCUUGAACGCGUUUCUGGCCGUCGUCGACCUGUUCUUGGUCACCACGAUGUCUUUAACGAUUAUCUUAUCACUCUUUUUGCAAGAAAAUAGUUACAAAUCACUACUUGGUGUAUUAAGCGGGAUGACUUUAUAUUUCAUGACUAUGUCUCCGGUAGUGUCGGCUGUAAUAAGUGUGUAUAGAUACAGAACAACUGUCAGCCUUAAAGAAAAAAAAAAGUUACUAAUGAGAUCAGCGGUUAUGCCGAUGGGUAUCUGCGCUGUUAUUCCUCUGAAUACCAUUAUAUGUCCAAUUGCUGGCUGGGGCUACUUUCCAUUACAGCUUCUCUGCCCAAUGGAUGAUAUUACCACGGCAGCAGAUAAUGCGUUUACUAUCUACCUAACAGUAACUAUAUUGAUCAUCCCAUCAGGUAUUAUAACUUCAUCCUACUAUAAGAUAUAUAAAGCCAUCAAUCUGCAUUCUGAUUCAUUGAAAUGCUAUCCAAUGAAGGGCAACGUUUCCAAAACCAGACGGUCCGUCAGACAUAUUCGACUUAUCGUUGGUGUUUUUAUAUGCGUUUGGAUGAUAUACUUUAUAGUGUUGGUUGUAUCCGUUUUUGUACUCGAGGACAAAGUUCUGGCAGUGGGUCUAAUUCACAUCUUAGUAGGCGCUUCAACAAUUUCUAAUUCGUUCUUGUAUGUUCUGAUGAAUAAACUUUACAGAAAAUGUACCUCGAGGUUGAUAAGGUGUCAAGGCGCGUAUGUGCGGUCAUAUGCGUCGCGUAUGCUUGGAAGCAACAUCCGAUUGGGCGAACAGAGGCGAAAUGAAGUAUUGCCAGAGGUGAGCGAGAUAGAAGCGAACGCUAGUCGUAACAGAAACAUAGCCUUUCUGCCUAUUAAUAUGAAUACAAUUGCUGAAGAAAAUGACGCUUCUAUUUUUGGAGUUAAACAGAAAGAAGAGAAUGAUGUAGGUGUAACUAACGAAGGUAGAGACUCGGUACCACCGAUGCUAAAUGUGCGACAUAAGUCAAGGGUUGAGAUUCGGAGACUUCAUGAGAAACAUGAAAGUGCUCGACGGUUGUCGAUCAUGCUUGGCCAUUUCAGCAGCGAUGACGAAGCCUACGAAGAACUCAUGGUUAGCCGAUCAGGUCACAGUAGUAUUAGCAUUAUUGGGGGGAAUGUUGACAAUCUGCCAAAAAGGACGAAAGGUAGAAAAAGUGACAAGGGGGGCAAAGGUAACAAGAAACGGAGAUCGAAAAAAGAAAAAAGAACAGUAGAAUCUCUUAAAAUAUCUAACAACAUUUACACAAAUGCUGUGUAUUCAAAUAAAAAUAAAAUUAGGGACAUAGGUAGGCCUAAGCAGAAAGAGACGACCCGUCGGAAAAACAGCAAGCGGAAUAGUGUUAAUGUUGAAAGAAGACAUAGAAAUGAAGCACUAAUUUGAGGGAAAUCAUAAGAAACGUUUUUACAUGUCAUAAAUAAAAACAACUUAAAUUUAGUUUUAUAAUUAUUAAAUUGAUUAUUAUCUUCCAAAGACUCUAGUCCAACAUAGGCAUACGUUUGACUGUUACGAACAUUCUUACCAAAUCUACUCCAAUUUAUUUAGAGUAUAUGCAACGAUUACUUUAUCGUAUAUAUAUACACAUCUAUAUAUAUAGAAAAUGUUUUACAUGUCUAUAUACAUAUAUAUAUGUCUGUAUAUAUAUAUAUGUCUAUAUAUAUAUACUGUAUAUAUAUAUACAUAAAUAUGUGUAUAUAUAUACUUAUUGAUUUAUAUAUCUUUCUAUCACAUUUUUACAUUGUUGAUAGUCCAUUAUUAUAAUUAUAUUUAGUCAUAUAUUGUGGUAUUUAUUUUUGUACACAGAAUGUGUACUCAACGUGUUAGACAAUUAGACAUUUCACCAUCAAAAAUAGUAUAGGCCUGGCUUCCUUAAAAUUUGCUACGCUGUCGCACAGUGUUUCCAGUGCAAUCGAUGUACUCGUAGCAGUCCCGGACGCAAUACGGAAGAAUCUCCAAUUCGACCGGGAAAGCUGUCGGCGAUAGCGUGUAGUGAUUGUAUGGAAACUAAGUUUUCUGGAAAACUAUAAAUAGCACAUGCAUUUUUAGAUUUUCUACUUUUCUAUAAGAGAAUGACUUUCCAAUGUCAGUGUGUGUAUUCAGAAUAAAAAAAGGACAUUUAGGCCCAAUAAAAAAAAUUGUUAGUUUAUCAUCCCUGCCCGCGUAACUAUCUUGGACCGCAUCGAUUUUUUUUUUUUAAAUUUUAUAUAUCAUAAAAUGUUUUAGGUGUACAAACUCAUAAAUACCGGCGAAACGAAGUAGGAGAUAAAGAAAAAAUCGUAGCCGUCGCCGUUCACGAGACGUCUGGAAAUACUUAAUAUUACAUUCCAGACGCUGUAAUACUCAUGACGUUCACAUACAAAGCGAUAAGAUGGAUUGUAAUAUCAAAACGUCUGGAGUUUUUAAACUAGCUACGGCUUGCUUUUCCCUAGCUCGAUACAAUAGGUACACGCUUCACGAUGUUCGUUCUGUAGAAAAGAAUUGUACUUUCCAUUGAAGUUAAUUUACACUUGUUUGCCAUGCCAUUGUUAAUAAUGGCAAUAUGUGAUGGGCCAAAAAGGCAAGUUGUGUAACUGUCGUAUGACCUACCUGCUCCUAGGCCUAGCCUAAGCCUAGCUAGCUCUACGUAGUACGGUACGCUAGCUAGGGAGUAGAGUGUAGGACUAGACUAUCUUACACCUAGUUUAGAUUGGUGCAGCUCACUGAGCGAUAUUUGGUGCUCAGCACUUUCUCCUAUACAGAUCAAUGACAUUUUUUGAUGACUAUCCUGUAGUGUAGUAGGCCUAGCCUAUGUAGGCUAGGCCUAUACUAUUACUACUGCUAGUGCUAGGCUUUUGUGAAUAAAAUAUAAUAUUCAAUAACUGUAAUGUCUGAGAUUUUUACAUUUAAGUAUGUAAACUAUUUUUGAUGCAUGUAAAGUAGAAGCUGUAUCAAGAUUCCUUAAGCUGCAUACUCCUUGUUCCGCCUUUCAAUGGAUUCAUGAGUAUUUUACAAGUUUCUGCUGUUUCGAACUUAAAUGCCGGCAUGGAGAAAACAAAAAAACCCCUCCCUCCCUCAUCAUUUUUCAAAUUUAGUCGGAUGAUAAACUAACAAUUUUUUUUUAAUUUGGCCUUACAGUAUAUUCAUUAACAUACUUUAAUAAAUAGUUUGUAUAAUAACUAAAUAGAAAUUUAACCUAUUACGUAAGCUAUACUCUUUUGUGAAUGAGAAAACAUUUUAUGCGCAGUAGUAAAACAUUUUCUAUUUAUUUGUUAAUUCAGCAGAAAAAUGAAGAAUAUUGCAAUAUACUUUUUAAAGCAGUGAUAUGUUUUGACCCGUCCGAUUUGAGACCACCUCCAAUUAAAGAUCACAUAUCUGCGGCCCAAAUAUAUAUUUGAUACAUAAUUUUAUUUGAGAGAAUGUAAUAUAUUCAUAUUAACUGAAAGUGUAAAACGACUGUAUUGGAGGCUAAUAAAUAUUCCUAAAAUGGCUGAACACGUUUAGUACUUCGUGAUAAUUAUUCUGUGUGAAUAUCCUAGGAAUCAUCCAUCUUGGCAACGGCCACCAGACACAAC